AUGGCUAUGAGUGGAGACUCUGCCCUGGUCUACCCGCCAGAUGUGGACCCACAGAUGAGCCAGGACAGGGGCAAGUUCCGAAACUACACGUCUGGCCCACUCCUGGACCGAGUCUUCACCACCUACAAGCUCAUGCACACACACCAGACGGUGGACUUCGUCAGGCGAAAGCAUGCCCAGUUCGGGAGCUUCUCCUACAAGAAGAUGACCAUCCUGGAGGCCGUUGACAUGCUGGACCAGCUGAUUGACCAGUCAGAUCCUGAUGUGGAUUUCCCUAACUCCUUCCAUGCCUUCCAGACGGCUGAGGGCAUCCGCAGGGCCCAUCCUGACAAGGACUGGUUUCACCUGGUGGGGUUGCUGCAUGACCUGGGGAAGGUGCUGGUCCUGGCUGGAGAGCCCCAGUGGGCGGUCGUUGGAGACACGUUCCCCGUUGGCUGCAGACCUCAGGCUUCAGUGGUCUUCCGUGACUCAACUUUCCAGGACAAUCCUGAUCUCCAGGAUCCUCGAUACAGCACAGAGCUGGGCAUGUACCAGCCACACUGUGGGCUCGAGAAUGUCCUCAUGUCCUGGGGCCAUGAUGAGUACAUGUACCAGAUGAUGAAGUUCAACAAGUUCUCCCUCCCACCCGAGGGUUUCUACAUGAUCCGGUUCCACUCCUUUUACCCGUGGCACACGGGUGGAGACUACCAACAGCUGUGCAACCAGCAGGACAUGGCCAUGCUGCCCUGGGUGCAGGAGUUCAACAAGUUUGACCUCUACACCAAGUGCCCAGAUCUGCCUGAGGUGGAAAAACUGUGGCCCUACUACCAAGGCCUCAUCGACAAGUACUGCCCUGGGACUCUGAGCUGGUGACCGUGUCUCCUGCC